UUAGAAAGUGGGUGGUUCGGUCCCAGCUGCGCUAGUUGCACCCCUCAAUGGCAUUCAACUAAUAUGCUGAGGUUUAGUAGGGUUUUGCUUCUUCUCAACGAAACUUUUUAUAUAUAAACCUCUAAACCCCAAAUCGCUCUCUUUAUCACCGUCGAAUCAUCGGUUUUUACUGAUGGCUUUUGCUUCUAGUUUUCGUCGCGUCCUCACCGGAUCUUCCACAAUUCUCCAAUCUCAGUUCUCUCCGGUUCGCUUUAAUUCAACCGUCACAUCACCAAAGCUCUUCGUCAGCGGCCUCUCGAGAUUAACAACAGAUGAAAAGCUAAAAGAAGCAUUUUCUCCUUUUGGCCAGCUUCUUGAAGCAAAGGUCAUAACUGAUAGAGUGUCUGGAAGAUCAAAGGGUUUUGGCUUUGUUACAUACACCACCUUAGAAGAAGCUGAGAAGGCCAGAGAAGGAAUGAACGCUAAGUUCUUAGAUGGGUGGGUUAUUUUUGUUGAUCCUGCUAAACCAAGGGAGCCUCGACCUCCACCUCAACAAGAGCCGGAGUCUUCUGAAACUGGUUUCAGAACAAACAAGACAAUUGGAUGGUGUGGGUGACUUUAUUUAUCUCAGAUACACCACACAUUGGCAAACAUGUACGAUUGGGUGAUUUAUUCAGCAAUUGAAACAGAGAAAAACUAAUGUACUCUUAAUAUUAUUCCAUUUUUUGUUGGAUGAUAAACUGAACUGUACUGUCUCCAUUGUCCUAAACCUAAGCUGUUGUGGGAAGAAAUUUAUUGUAUCAUCAGUAUUGAUUUUAGUUCCGUGUUUGUUUUUUUAA